AACCUUUUUGCUCUGCAGCCACAAGGAGCGCAGACGGUUCGGCGCAUCGAUCAGCGCAGCCUGGUCUCCGCAGACAGACGUGAUGCGGCGCAGACGCAGCGGGAUGGAGCUGGAGCUGUGGAUGGUGAUGAUGGUGAUGAUGGUGAACUUCACGGGACGCGCAGCGGCCCAGUCCAACCAGUACAGCAGAGCGGUGGACUGGCUGAGCAGAUAUGGCUACCUUCCCCCUCCAGAUCCACGCACCAGCAAACUGCAGACCAAAGAAGGGAUUGAGCAAGCGAUCCGCGUCAUGCAGAGAUUCGGAGGGAUCCAGGAAACCGGAUUAAUUGACAGCGAAACGCUGAAGCUCAUGUCCACGCCGCGAUGCUCGCUCCCAGACAUCAUCGGAGGCGAGGAGAUGAGGAGGAGGAGGAGGAGGAAGAGAUACGCUCUGUUAGGCCAAAAGUGGCACAAGACUGAUCUCACAUGGAGCAUCCACAGCUUCCCGUCAAGAUCCCCUGUUCGCCAUAACGAGGUGAAAAGUCUCCUGGCUCACGCCUUGAAAGCCUGGAGUGACGCCGCUCCGCUGAGCUUCAGGCAGCUGCCGGGCGACGGCGCGGCUGCAGGCGACAUCAGAGUCUCGUUUGCCUCCCUGCUCCAUGAAGACGGGUAUCCGUUCGACGGGCCGGGCGGCACCCUGGCCCACGCCUUCUUUCCUGGCGCGGACGAAGUCAGCGGCGACACGCACUUUGACGACCAUGAGACCUGGAGCUACGGAGGCGACGGCAGCACCACAGACCUGUUCACCGUGGCGGUGCACGAGUUCGGCCACGCGCUCGGCCUCUCCCACUCCUCCUCGGAUCCGUCCAUCAUGAGGCCGUACUACCAGGGCCCGGUGGGAGACGUCUCCCAGUACAAGCUGGAACUGGACGACAGGCUGGCCAUCCAGCAGCUGUACGGCGCCAGAGACGACACACGACCAGGUGGAGUUAAUCCUGACCCCCCGCUGUUUCCGAGUCCUCUUCCCCCGAGGCCAACAAGGCUUCCUGAGCCUCCAUUCGAUGAGCGAUGCCAGGGAGGCUUUGACGCAGUAGCAAACAUUAGAGGAGAGGUUUUCUUCUUCAGAGGUGCACAUUUCUGGAGAACUACGCGAGACGGCUCUCUGGUGUCCUUAAGGCCGGCUGUGAUCACAAACUUUUGGAUGGGCCUUCCGACAGGAACAAACAAAGUCGACGCCGUUUAUGAGAGAAAGAGCGACAGCAAAAUCAUCUUCUUCAUCGGCUCGCAGUACUGGGUCUUCAGCGACACAAAGGUGAUGAGCGGUUACCCCCGACCCCUUUCCGACUGGAGAAUGGUGACGGCGAGCGGCGCCACGCCGGACCGGGUGGACGCAGCCUUCGUCUGGGCCCACAACGGGAAGACGUACCUGUUCAGCGGGGGGCAGUUUUGGAGGUUUGACGAAAGCCAAAAAACAGGCCAUCCGGAGCCGGAUCCCGGCUACCCACGGAGCAAUGACCUCUGGACGGGAAUGCCGACCCACAUGGAUGAUGUCAUCACCUGGGGUUCAGGAGACGCCUACUUCUUCAAAGGCGACUUCUACUGGGUGCUGAAGGACGGGGGCAUGAACCAGGAGUACGUUUCUCCCAAGGCCACUGGGAUGAACUGGCUGCGGUGUCCGGGUCCUCCUCCGACGGCGGCGCCGCAGAAUCCUGGGAAGCCACCGUCCUGCAGCUGCAGCUUCAACAGAUCGUCUCUGUCACUGAGGAGCGACUGUCUGCUGCUGGUUGCUGUUAUGCUAAUAAUUAAUGGGUUGAUUUCUGUAAAUAAUUAACUAAUAUGGGCUGUUUUCUCUGCACCUUUCUACCCUCAUGCAGAUUUAUUUCUUGAUUAUAAAGGGUUUACUUUCAGGAUUUGGCAGCUGUAGGAUAGUAGCACUCUCCCUUCCCAGUUGUGUUUCACAUCUUUGUGUUUGUAAGAUAAAAAUGGACAAAAAUGCGUCAUGUCUGUUUGGAGAGAUUGAUAUUUAACACCAUUAUUCAGCAAAUGCAGCUCUUCUUUCACGUCUUCUUAUCUGAUCCAGACAAACACAUUUAGAAGGUUAGAAGAUUAAAACUGAGGCGCCUUGUUCUGAUUUCCAAAUGUUGUAGAUGAGUUUUAAAAUAUAUUCAACCAAUUAUCCUUUUAAGUUAUCACAAUUUCAAAUAUGGUAGUUAGAUUUUCUAUGCCUUGCGCAACUGCUGAAUAUAUUUGAAUAUUUGUUAUUAAACAGUUUGAGGUUUGCUGUUAUAUAAUUGUCUGAACUUACUUGUUUUUGUAUUAAUAUUUGGAUAAAAUUCUAUUUGAAUGAAAUCCUCAGAGAUUCACACAGAUGAAUUGUUUAUUUUAAUGGAGUUCUCAGUGUAAAAUGAAUAAUCAGAAAUCACAAAGAAAAACCCCAGAAACAAUCCUGAACCUUGAGGACAGACUUCCCAGAAGAGAUCAUAGAUUUAAAAAAUAUAGCUUUUUUUCCAUAUAUUUUUCUUUGGUAUAUAAUGUUUUCAUAACAGCAAACCAGUCGAACAGGAAAAGUUCUCACAAAAUGAGUCAUUAGUGAAAAGAUAUUUCACACAGUAAACUGAUUUAUACACUGUCUGACAGGCUUCAAGAAGCAUUUCUCUAUCCAACAACACACCUAUUUGAGGUCUAAACUUGCUUAUCAGGAAUGUUCAGGGAAACCAAUUAACCCAACAGUUGUGUUUCUAGAAUGAGGGGAGAAACUAGAGCAUCCUAAGAGAACAUGCAUGCAGGAAGUUUGGUUUUGUGUUUCCUUUCGUAAGGAUAUUUGAGAACGUUGAGCAUAAAAAAAGCAUAAAACUA